AUGUUUUACACAAGUUCUCAAUUUAAAAAGUGAAUGGACAACAACACGGCCUUGUUGUUCAGUGAUUGUGUUGCUAUGGAAACCUUAGGAGACAUUAUUAGACUUUGAUCUAUUAGUCUCCUCGUAUGAAAGACAAUAUAUUGUGUUUGUGUUUUUUCGCCAUUCGUCGUUAUGUUUUAUGCAUACACUUGCUUUUAAUCUUUGCUCAACGCUGCUCCGGAUUUUUUUUUUUUUUUUGCAUCUCUGCUUUCCUCUAGUGGACUAAUGUAGCAGUACUUUGGAGCAGGAAAAGGAGGAGCUUUGUAACAGCAGGUCGACUUUGUAUCCCAACAAGACUGCAGUUACUCGUCCACUCCUAUCGACUCUCGCUGUUUCUUUUUCUUUUUUCUUUUUUUUUUUUACUGUUUAUUAAAUAUUUCCUCACACAUGGAUUUGUUGUUUAUAAUGCAAAUCUCACUGAGGGAACCUACAGUAUUUAUGCGAUUCUAUUGCAGCACCGGGUAGUUUGUUUAUAGAAGUGCUUGAAGCUGAGAGGUCAUUUCCACCUGUGUUUGACAGAAGUCACUCUGAACCUGGAGCAGCAGCAGGGCAGCUGGGUUCUUGGAUUUCUUCUCAUCAGUUCAGUUUAUCCAACCUUCGUAUGAACAUGUGGCUGCUCGCUGUUUCAGUUCCUCUGCUUCCAGCCAUCAUCAUGUUGUCCACUCGAUGUAGACACAGAGUUUCCUCGCUCUACCAUAAAGCACUGGCCUGGGCAAGGAAGAUGGUGGGAGGAAAAGUCUGUGUGAGGAGGACCCACGCCUUUGUCUUCACCCAGUGCACCCACGGCAAAGUGGACAGUGUCCUGGAGACCUUUGACCUCUACGCAGCGAAAAAUCCCUCCUUAGCAAUUGAUCAAGACAUGGGUAAAAUAUUAGAUGAAGCAGUGAUGCGACUCCAUCCCUCCAGUGUUCUGGAGCUGGGGAUGCACUGUGGCUACAGCUCUGUCCGCAUGCUGCGUCUACUGCCCCCUACUGGCAAGCUGAUCACAGUGGAGAUGGACCCUCUCACAGCAGACUUGGGAGAAGAAAUCAUCCUUGUGUCUGGAUUUAAACACCACCAGUUUCAGGUGUUGACAUCCAGCUCAGCCAACAUAAUCCGAACACUUCAUUUGUUUCUGGAUCAGAACUGCAGAAAGGGUUUGGACCUGGUUCUUAUGGACCAUGAUCCUCAGCAGUACCUCCCAGAUCUGCUGGCUCUGCAGAAAGAAGAGCUUCUCUGCAGCUCUGGCUGCUCCAUACUCUUCAUCAACAGAACACGAGGAUCUGAUGAAGACCUCAGGGAAGUCCUGGCUCAUGUUACUCUGAAUCCAAAAUACUUGAGCAUUGGGAAGCAUCUGCCUUUCAUUCUUGAAGUUUUGUAUAAAAAAGAUGACUGAUAUACACAGGCUUCAAUCAUUGACGUCAUCCGAAAUUAAAUUUACUAAUAUUUCAUUACAGUGAAGAUGAUUUUUGGGGGGGUAAACAUGUUUACAUGCACAGAUGACAUUUUGUUGUAAAUAUUAUUUACCACUAAUAAAAUGUGUUAUGUAACAUUUUAGUUAACUUUGUAUUAUCUCAAGUGAAUAUUUUCUAUUAACCUAAUUUCUAUUUAAAAUCAUUAAAAUAUGUACUGUAUUUUGGAGUUUAAAUUAGGAUAAACGUCUUAAACAUUUACCAUAUAUGGGUGGAAGUUGUACCAUAGUUAUGGUUCAUAACACAAUUGUCGACUUAAUAAUGACAAAGAAAUGCCUUCUUACCGCACCAAGGUGAACAAAACAGUAAAUCAGAGCAUCAAUAAACCACUAGAUGGCGUGCUUUACUUUAUACAUCAAUAAAAACUCCAGCACAGACUUGGAUUAUAUCGUGUGUGCGCAUAAAUAUUUAAAAGGCAGGGCUUUUAAAGGACAAGGCCACCUAUUUUAAGAGCUCAGAGCUCUGUCGUAAACAUGCAGUACCACCAGUUCAGUGGAUCAGUAAAGUUGGCCCUGCAUCUGUGUCACGGAUCCUGCACAUGAUCCUCAGCUGGUGUCUUCUGUGCAUGUUACAUUAUUUAUUUGCAGAAUCUGUAUUUACAGUUAAAUAAAUAAAUACAUGUUCAGGAAACGUCUCCCAGUCGAUCCCCUCCCUCUGCUCCUCUUAUUUUCACUUACAUCAGCAGUCCUGAUCUAAGUGGCUCUAAUGUUCGAGCCUCAGUCUUGCACCAAAGCUUCUUAAACGAGCAGAAUU